AAUUUGCGAGUAAAAAAAGGAUCGUAAUGACUGAAUGAGUUAUUCCUGUAUUAACAGCCAAAAUAUACGCUAGACAUGUCUUACAGAGAUUUAAGGAAUUUUACUGAGAUGAUGAGAGCACUAGGCUACAACAGACUUAUCUCCAUGGAGAACUUUCGCUCACCCAACUUCCCAUUGGUAGCAGAAAUCCUGGUUUGGCUCACACAUAGGUUUGAUCCUGAUGCAGAUAUUCAUACAGAAUAUCACAGCGAGGACGAAAGGGUCAUGAUGGUUCGGUCUGUCGCAGAAUUCAUGGCCGUCAAUGCUGGGGUCAAGUUGAACACCAAGUGGCUCUACCAAGCAGACGGCUAUGCAGUCAAGGAGCUCUUAAAAGUUGCGGGCCUGCUUUACGAUGCUUUGAAGGUUGACAGAUCUCCCAAUGAACAGCAUAGUCUGAUCACAUCCUCAAUGAUAGAUCUAUCCUCACGACUUUCAGACUUAAAGUUAACACGAGAGCUGGCAUCCAGGAUCACAGCAAAAGGAGCGUCCCUAUACCAACUACUGGGGAAAGAAGUUCAGUUGAGGGAAGAGCGGUUGGCAAGCGUGAGUUCUCAGUUGGAGCUGUCAGUCGUAGAGGAGGGCCUCAAAGAAGCAAUCACUACCAGCAAAAACAGUGUUACCACCACUCAAGCUGCCAUAGAAAAUGUUGCCGCAACAGAAACGAGUCUUGACGCCAAAAUUGAAAAAAGGAAACAAGAUCUUGAGCGCAACAACAAACGAUUGCAAACACUCAAAAAAGUCAGACCAGCUUUCCUAGAGGAGUUUGAACGUCUAGAGGUGGAGUUGCGUCGUCUGUACCAAGACUACCUCACCAGGUUUCGCUGUGUUGCCUUCCUCGAGCAGCAACUAGAAGAUGCUGAGCUAGCGGAGCAGGAUCGUUUGGAACUGAGACAGGCGGCAACGAGAAAGAUGUUGGAGAAAAUGCGGCAAGAAGAAGCUUUAAAACUGCUGGAUGAUGAUUUGAUGGACCCGAGCUCAAUUGCACCAACUGAGCCUUUGGAACCAACCAAAGCAGUUCAGUCUCAAGGAUCCAAAAUAACUAGAGUCAGAACCUCAACGGGUGCUGCCGGCAGUAGAGUGUAUGGUGGCAUGAACGUAGGCGAAGAUGAGAGUUUGGACAGUGAUAGCGAUCUGUUGUUGGAUGAUGACAACGAAUCAGCUUCCGAUGACGAUUUGGAGCUUCUAGACCCAUCGGGAAACCUAACGGACCACUCGGACGAUGACUUCUAAUUGGGUAGACCCAUAGUAGUUUAAGUUAUAGAAAUAGAGAAUAAACAUAUCUAUAUCCAAACAAACUUUUUCCAAAGAGUACCCUAAGCUUUUCUUACCCUUGAAGCCCUGAGGAUAUUUUGAUAAUUGUUUUAGUGUGCUAAAAUAUUAUACUACACUACAUUCAAAAUCAAAUUUAGGACAGUAAAAAUCGAGAUUCUCAUAGGAUUAUGUAUUUAAAUGAUAUUCAGUAUCACAAUAAUUUUACAACUAAAUACAAAUGUAACAAUAACGAUCACAACCAUGUUGCCGCGUAGGGCUUGAGUCAGAUUUCUCGUAGACACCUAGUAUUUACAAAGUGAGCAUCUCAUGAAUAUGCCCCAUAUUAUACAGUCACUCUUCACAUUCACACGUUGAUUAAUGUGACAGGAUGAAGGUCGUUGGUACAGUCAUCACUAGAAUUGCAGGAGCAAGUACAGUCAAGAAUGAUUUUUGUCUAAUCUGAUUGGACUAAAGUGAAAGUGUACAGUAAUAUCUCACUGUUUUCUAAUCUAAUUAGAUCUUAUCCACAAGAUAUCUUGCUAGAGAGCUCUCAAGCUAGAGUACAGUCAAACCUGAUAGGAACAAAAUUAUUUUUCUUUUCUUACCCAAUUGUAAUUAUGUGCAUGACUUUUAUUUGAACUCAAUAACAUAAAAUAACUGUUAUGUUUACUUUUUGUGACGGUCCUGAAAUCGAUGUUUCAAUAACCUUCAUCCUGUUGACUCUAAAUGCCAUUAAGAUUGUAAUGAAGUGCUUAUGGUAACCAUAAAUAUAGCCUAACCUAGACUAGGAAUGAAACCUAGAAACGAAACCUAGAAUGUAACCUAGACUAGAAAUGAAACCUAGAAACGAAACCUAGAAUGUAACAUAGAAAACAAUCUGUCAAGAGAGUUUUGUCAGUUGAUGAGUUCAUUCAUAGCCAGGAGUAAUUGGAAAUGACAAUAAAUGUAGAAUUUGUGUACAACUGAAUGCAAAAUGUUGCUGCAAUUUGUGUAAA